AGUGCCGCGCGAGUGGGGAGGAGUGGUGAGUGUUAGUCGCGGCCCGGCUGUGCUCCAGGGGACGGUCAGUGCUCCUCUGUGGCGGGACUACAGGGCUCUGCUGCCCCGCACAGUGCCAUAAGACAGCAGCGGGAGGCGCACCGACCCGAGCUCGUGUGAAUGGACGAGGACGCACCGCCAACCCUAUUCGGGUCGUCACCCCGGCUGGACUGUCUGCUGGACAUCUGGGACUCGCUCGUCCUGCGGAGCCGAGCGUGUCGCGCGGAGGAGCUGCGGACGGAGCCGGCGGCGGGGCCGGAGAGGGUGGUGCAGAGUGACACGAGCAGAGGUGCGGAACUGUGUGCCGGUGACGUGUCGGCGGCGCCCGGCUCCCCCGGCAGUCGGCUGGACUCCCCCAGACGCGGCGGGAGCAGCAGUCAGUGCGGCGACCCCCGUACCCCAGCGGUGGACAGCGUGGUGAGCACGGCGUCCGUCCAGAUCUCUGCUCUCCCGGGGGACGCGAGACGCGGCCUCUCCGUCCGGGAGAACACCCGAACUGUGCGGCUCCCGUCAGUGCCGACCGCGGCGCCCACGUGCAGUGAAGUGAGCGCGGUAGCCGCAUCGAUGGCGAUAGGCGACGCCGACCGCGCGGACUGGGAGAUCUCUGUGACAGCCACAGCGAGGGUCACGCGCCGACCGGCCUCUCUGGCGGUCCCGCUGUCUGAGCCCCUGUCCCAACCCUCCUGCUCGCCCUGCUGUCAGUCACGGUGCUCCCCAUCGUCAGAGCUCGGCUCCACGCACCCGUCCAAGACUCUGGCGUCGCCGCUGUCCACGCUGUCAGCGCCCACCACGGACAGCGGCAUCUGCGAGACGCCCUCGGAGGAGGCGUGCUCGUCGUUUGAGCUCUCCAUCACGGGUGAGAGUAGCCUGUCGGCCGGCGGCGACAGCACCGGGGACGAGGCGGCGCGCGGCCUGUCGGAGCGGCCGCGGCCGGCGGCGGGCCGCGAGCGGCGCGCGCCGCGCUGGAGGACCGCUGAGCUGAGGCAGCGGCCGCUCUCCGUGGUCAGCACGGCCUCCUCCUCGUCCUCGUCUGGUGGCGGCUCGCUGCCGCGCUCCCUGGUGCGGCGGCGACCGGCGCGCGGCGCCGCCAGAGAUGUCACAGACUCGGCCGGGAACCCUUUGGCGGUCGGCGGCGGCGGCGGUCUGGCGCGCACCCAGUCCCUUCAGCUGGACGGCUGCGUCACCCAGGCCGACCGCGUGGUGGCCGAGAUCCUUCACACGGAGGCGGCCUACGUCAGCGAUCUGCGAGAGGUGCUGGAGGUGAGCCACCACAGCGCGGUCACCAGGAGGUCACUGACGGGUCACAGAGGGGUCACUAACGGGUCACCGAUGGGUCACCUGGGUCACUGA